GAAGGACAGGGAGGGAGCGGGGCCGCUGUGUACAAAUCAGGCUUUGUAUCGGAAACGGCAGCAGCCAGCGGCUACUUUAUCGCAAAGCAACUGGAGUCAGUCACCUCAGGCAGCGUUUUGCUACGAGGAAAGGCUUUUCCUUGCUCUCGAAUCUCUGCAUCCUGUUUCUAUUGAAUCUCAGCCGCUCUGAAGGCUUUCUGUGGUUCGGUGCUGGUCGCAGCAAUAAUUUCUGGUUGCUUUUUCCCAACCACGCAUUACCAGGCUGGCUGGCUGGCUGGGAGGAGGAGGAGGAGGAGCUCUUUAUGUUCGCAGGAAAUACUUGCGUCCAAGCAUGCGCAGUGCAUAAGCGCGCCUGAAGCUUUCCUCUGUAGCGUUUGGUGGUUAGGGAGAAAGCAUUGCUGUUGCUCACGAGGAGUUGUCGAUUUCAGCAGGUGGCUAUUUUCCUUGAUUCUAAGCAACUGAGGACGAAUAAACUGGACUGUGGAGUAAUCGAUACUACUACGUGUACUGAAUCUGCAUUAACUACAUGCAGACAUUCCCUUAACUUUCAUGAGAACUUGGUCAUGUGUAUUGGAACACCAUUUUGAGGAGCCUUAAAAUAUGAAAAUUGUUUCCCGCUAAAUAACACAAGUGUGGCCUCCCAGAACCAAAUGAGUAUCUCCUAUUUGCAGGAUCAAGAUGGAAAACAAUGAAGAGCCACAAAAAAAGAUAUUUAAGGCCCGUAAAACCAUGAGAACGAGUGAUCGACAGCAGCUUGAGAGUGUAUAUAAGGUGAAGGAGGAAUUUCUAAAAACCACAGAUGUCAAGUUGGUAAAUGGGAAACAUGAAAAUGGGGAUUCAGAUCUUAAUUCCCCCUUACUCAAUUCUGACUGUACCGAGGACAAAGAAGUGAAUGGCAUAGAAGAUUUAUGCCUUGACUCUGAAGGACGAAAAAUGGACUCUGAAGAAACUGCUGAUACCAAAAGUCCAGAUGUCAAAGAGAACCAAGCUAGCGACCUGACUCCCAAACUUGAAACUCUGAUCUCUGAGAGAACUGCUUCUGAGCAAGAUCAUGAGGAUUCUGGCAUUACUCCUCACUCUGAUCCUGAAAAUCAGGUACUUGACUGUAAUAAAGAUAAUGACUUCCAGGAAGAAGUCGAUAUAAAAAAUGACUUGGACCAGAAAGAUAUUUGUAUAAAAGAUGAUUUGGACCAGAAAGACACACCAAACCAGCCAGAAGAAGAAAGCAAAAUAAGCUGUGAUGUGAAUGACAGUUCAGCAGAGCCAGUAGAAACAAAUGAAUUAGCUCUUACUCCCAAUAUACCUGUAGAAGAAGAAAAAUGUACCGAGGAAACUGGUGUAAAAGAGAACAUUGGUGAGGAAGCAAUAUCUAGCAGUAUUGAUACUGAUGAUGGUCCAAAGGAUGAGAAUGUCCAAUCUGCAGAACUUCUAGGGACCAGCUCUCAAAAAGCAGUUGAAAAUGACCCACCAGAGAGCAUUUUGGGAAAUGCAGCCACAAUGGAAACUGAUGAAAUUAUUCCAAUUUUGGAAAAGCUGGCCCCAGCAGAUGAAUUAAACUGUUUCUCCAAAUCCAUCUUACUUCCAGUGGAAAAUCCUAACUUAGAUGCAGAAGAUAAAGCGGAAAGUUCAUUAAAUUCUCCAUCCAAACAUGAAAACGGUGAAAGUUUGCCCAAAGAAGCUUUCUUGGUGCUUUCUGAUGAAGAGGAACUUUGUUGUGAUAAAGAAGCUGAAGCGAUAAUACCAAACAAUGCAAGCCCUUCAGAUGAUAUGCCAGAAAGGGAUUUCAGUCGUGUGGUCUGCGUGGCUUGUGAGGUUGUAGAAGGUAAAGAUGAGGAAAAAGAACUGGACAAAGUAGAAGAAAAGAAGCAAUACAAGGAGGAAGAGAGACCUCCAGAACGAAGUGAGGCCUCAAGAAGAAAGCGUUCCAAAUCAGAAGAUAUGGACAAUGUCCAUUCUAAACGCCGCCGAUACAUGGGCGAAGAAUAUGAAGCAGAAUUUGAAGUAAAAAUUACAGCCAGAGGGGAUGUUAAUCAGAAACUAGAAAAGGUCAUACAGCGGUUUCUAGAAGAGAAGUUCAAUGCAUUGCAGUGUGCUGUGUUUGAUAAAAAUCUAGCAGAUCUGAAAACCAGAGUAGAUAAGAUUGAAUGUAGCAAGAGACAUAAAACUGUCCUUACAGAAUUACAGGCUAAAAUUGCGAGAUUAACUAAACGUUUUGGAGCAGCCAGAGAGGACUCAAAGAAAAAACCAGAAAAUCUACAAAACACACCCCAUUCCCCAGGAAAAGCAAUGGGUGACACAGGCAGUAUCAACAACGUGGCAUAUCGAAAUUCCGGCACAGUGAGACAGAUGCUGGAAUCCAAAAGAAACGUAGGAGACACCACCUCAACUACUUUUCAAUCCCCUUUGAAUACAGUGUCUGCUGCUACUCUUACUACUCCUCAGACACCAGUCAGCGGACAUCCCAAACCACAGACUCCUGUCACGUCUGCACCUUUGACUUCUGGCUCCUUGUCAACUUCUGUUCUUCCUGCAGCUAACACAGCAACAGUAGUUGGCACUAGCCAAGUAGCUGGUGGCAGCACACAGCCAAUGUCUGUUUCAUUGCAGUCCUUGCCAGUAAUACUGCAUGUACCUGUUGCAAUGUCCUCCCAGCCUCAGAUCCUGCAAGGCCACACUGGUACCUUGGUUACUAACCAGCAAUCUGGCAAUGUUGAAUUUAUACCUGUACAAAGCCAAUCUAAUGUUGGUAACUUAACCAAAACCCCACUGUCUCUGUCUUCGGCUAAUUCAACAAAGCCAAACAGCUCAUCUGUACCCAGCUCUAGCAUUCAGAGGAACUCUCCAGCCAGUGUUGGCUGUUCUAUAGGGACAACUCUAGCUGUGCAGGCUGUGUCAACAGCACAUCCAGUUGCACAAGCCACAAGGACUACUUUGGCCACUGUGAGUACAUCAGGGGUGUAUACUCCUCCCACCAGUAGGAAUUCCAUACAAAUGAAGAUCCCUCUGUCUGCCUUUAGUAGUACAACUCCUUCUGAAACAAGCACUGCAGCUGCACCUAGAGUUGAGAGUCAGACAUCCAGGUUACUACCACCUUCAUUGCCAUCAACAGAUACUUCAGCAAACAAGAAAGCAUCUGAGACUGCUGUACAGAGUGGAAAGGCCACAGGCAGUGCUGGAGGAGGCGUAAUUGAUCUCACUCUAGAUGAUGAAGAUGAUGGUUCUUCUCAAGCAGAUGGUAAGAAGCAGAACCAAUCUAAUAUAUCUGGAAUGGGCCUGUCAACUCAGUCUUUAGCUCGUCCUCUGCAGCCAGUACAGUCAAACCCUCUUCAACAAACAGGUGUGCCAACAACUGGCCUGUCGCAGACCACCAUACAUGUUCUCCCCACAGCCCAGACAACUGUGAAUGUAACCCAUCGUCCAGUGACUCAGGCUCCUGCUAGGCUUCCAGUACCAAGAGCCCCUGCCAACCAUCAAGUGGUCUAUACUACUCUUCCUGCACCAUCAGGACAGACUCCUGUGCGAACUACUGUCAUGCAGAGCCCAAGUUUAAGGCAGGUCAACCCACAAAAUUCAGGUGUGACAGUGCGAGUGCCUCAAACAACAGCAUAUGUUGUGAACAAUGGGCUAACCUUGGGAUCUGGAGGACCUCAGCUGACAGUUCAUCACAGGCCACCUCAAGUGCAUUCAGAGCCACUGCGGCCUGUGCACCCAGCUCCACUGCCUGAGGCCCCACAGCCAUCACGCUUGCCUCCUGAAGCUGCCAACACCUCUCUGCCUCAGAAGCCCCACCUGAAGUUAGCACGUGUACAAAGUCAGAAUGGCAUAGUGUUAUCCUGGAGCGUUUUGGAAGUGGACAGGAGCUGUGCCAGUGUGGAUAGCUAUCAUCUGUAUGCAUACCAUGAGGACCCCAGUGCUACUGUGCCCUCUCAGUGGAAAAAGAUUGGGGAAGUAAAGGCUCUCCCCUUGCCUAUGGCAUGCACACUUACUCAGUUUGUGUCUGGCAGCAAAUACUACUUUGCAGUUCGUGCUAAAGACAUCUAUGGACGCUUUGGACCCUUCUGUGAUCCCCAGUCAACAGAUGUCAUUGCUUCCCAAAGCAGUUAAACUUGACACUUUGAAGGCUUCCGUUCUUGCCCCACACUUGUGGCUUACUCUGGAUUUGGGUUUAUUCUCAUGCAUGAAACUCACUGUAAAAUCCCCUCCGCAGGAUAUUUUUGGACAGCAAUGUCAUACACUACAUGAACUCCAUAACCAAAACCAAAAUAAAUUCCUAGCUUGCAGUGGGAGAGCCUGUAUUUCUGAUAAACUCUUGAAGUACAAAGUCCUCUCUCCUUCCCUCACAAGCUGCCCUCCCUGUUAAGCAGUGAGACACUGAAUCUUGGGAAUUUGGCUUCAAACUGAUGUGUGUCUCAGAGGGCUAAACAGGAAUAUCAAGCACUGGCACAAGGGCAGGAGGAGUGUUCUGUGGUCAGGUUGGGGAACCCAGGAUUCAGGGUCUUGCUUUCUUUUGUUUUUUAAUAGUGACUAGUCUUAUCUUACAAGGCACUGCCUGCUUUCUAGAAGGCAAAGGACCUUGUGUGUGGCCAGUUCUUGAGGAAUGUAUGUGUGUCUGCUUUUUGAGUGGUGGGGGAUUGAGCAGCCCUCUGGUUGGCUUACAGAGUGCUUGCCACCAGAACCAGCAAGCGUUCUGAAGCCAGACUGAAAACAGGUUUGUGGAAAACUUCACUUGCAUUUUCAAUAGCUUCCUGACCCUCAUCUUAUGUCCUCUUUUUUAAAAAAAAUUUAAUUUGUGCCUUAAGACAAUAAUUUCAAAAAUAAAUGCAGUCACACUUUCUAUGUGUUCCUUCUUCUUUUGCCCUCUUUCAUUUUUUUCUUGUUAGACCCAGAAUGUCAUGACCUUCCCUUACAGACUCCCCAAAAGUGUAGCACACAACCUUCCUGACUUAAUUCCCACUUGAGAUUAUUCAAGCCAACAUUUAAACUGCUGGUUCUGUUUUGUCUCUGAAGAUGGGUCAUGUUGACAGUAGUAUUUGGCAACAUCAUGUUCUCCUUGAGAGGUUGGUGUGCCUUAUAGAUUGGCUAGAGAGAUCUGGGUGGCAUAUAAGACACCUCAUUCUCCUCAUGCACACAAACACUUGGGAGUGCUAUGUUAAGCCAAUCUAGUAAAGUCACUUAAUGAAAGCAAUCAAUUCAAUCUUCUAAUACAACCUUUCAUUCUUUCAAUGGCUGAGCCAAGGCAAGAUAUAGCACCUCCGUGUCCUUCCAUCCCAACAAGAGCUAGUGCCCACAAUGAACACUUAAACCACACCUGACAAAGACAUCAAAGAAAGUUCCGCUAUGCCGUCUUCCAGAAGAAAGCAGCAGCACUGUUGUCUUCCUGGUUUAUCAGCUCCUGUUGGGAGUGGGUGGCAGCUCUUCCCACUUCACUGUCUGCGCCAGGGUUGAGCAGUUUCUUUAACUUCUUACUUUGAAGCUGAUAAGAGUUGAAACUGAAAUGUCAGGUUAAAAACAAGAUGUCCUGAAGCUUGUUGAUGCUGUGUAUUUUGGGAAGACAGGGUCUUAAUUCUGUGAGAACAUCGAGUAAAAAUCCUUGCAUUUUUAUAUACGGUAUGCCUUACAGUCUUCAUAUGAGUUACAUUCCUUUGAGUGACAUGAAAAUUUCUUUCUUGUACAUUUCUGGUUUAUCUAACGACUCCUGUCAAGAAUUAUCUUUGAGCUGGAUGAAUUUUGUUCUUGCUAUUUGUGUGGAAUUCUUCAUUCUCAAGCAGACAGCUGACACUUUAUCAGUUUGCCUCACUUGCCUGACAGUGGUGCAAUCACCUUCAAAUAUAUUUUUUUCUCAGUUUAGGGUAUGUUUCAGCUAUCAGGGGCCUUUGGAAAAGUACCAGAAGGAAAAAAUUCAUUACAAAAAUUGAUUUAAUGGGGGAGGGCGAUGAAAAACUAGGGGCUUACCACUCUGUUGUUGACCCAGCAAUGUUGCCAAAGAUGUAGUUUAUGAUCUACAUUUGGUCAUCCUUACUGGAGAAAAUCCCCCUUCCUCACUUUUUUUACUGAACCUGGGCAGUAAAAUGAAGCCUGAGCAGAGCUUGAGGAGAAAUGCUAAUUUUGGAGGGCAUGUAACACUUGGGGGUACCUGGGGCAUGUGUUUUAAAUACAGGCAAUCAGCAGUUAUUGAAGAAGAUGCCACAAGAAAAGAACUCCAUGGAUAUUCCCUAAAUAUUCCAAAAACAAAAUGUGAACCUUGAUCUGAUAAAAGUGCACCUACAUACAUAACUUGGUCUUCAGAUUUCUGAAUCGAAACUGGUAGUGAGGCUUAUUGUGUGUCUUGGGGAAGAGAGGAGUUCUCACAUUCUGAAACAGAAUCAGUGUGGCCUGGCAAAUUAUGUAGGGUACCACAGAGGGGAAGGCAGAAACAGGCUUGAAUAGAGCUGUCAGCAAGAGCUCAUAGAAUAGGACCUUAUGCCCUUGUAUUUGGUGCUGUAUUUCUUUUUGCUUUUGCCCCAAAGAAUGAGAUCUAAAUUUACAGAUCUAAGCAUAUGCUUAUAACAGACAUUGGAAAAUAAUAGUUCAUUUUUUACCAAAGUAUUAUAAGAACUUGAUUGCACAAUACCAAGCUGCAGAGUCAUUGGAUUUUUACUACUCUGCCUAUUGAGAAAAUGUGUAUUCGGCUCAGCAUUGUGUGUGCAUUAUAUAUUAGACAAACAAUGUUUUCUAAAGAUAUUAAAGAGGGCAGGGAAGGAUUUCAGUGUCCACAUUUUACUGUGUCAGUAUUUUUGCCCCCACCAUGCUUUCCUUACUACAGUAUAUGGCUGGCCCAUGCUUGAAAGUUGUUUUCUACUGCUAUGUAAAUGUGAUCCUGAAGUAUGUCUCCAUCUGUGUUUCAGCAGUUUUCUGUUCUUUGCCUUUAAUACUUGAGAAUCCAUGUUCUCAUUAGUAAGUUCCAUUUCAUUGGAAAAGACCAGUGAAAUGUUUUCACUGUUUAAAAAAGAAAAAGUGGUGUGACAAUUGCUGCUAACUACCUGUGAGGCCCUUAGGUUAACUUGCUUGUGUCUCCUAUUUUAUUCCUCAGAUUACAGCUACAAAGCAUUUCCAAUUAAAACCUCAAUGGCCUAAUAGGUUGGAGACUUGGAGGGGGUGAGGCAUACAACAUAUGUUUUCUGUACUUGUAACUUAAUGGGAAAAGAUGGGGUAUUCAAGCAUAUUGGCAAGUGUUCUCUGAAUAUACAAAGAAGUAUGCUUUGUGUCUCAAGGAUUGCUGAAGCACAAAGUUUAGCUCUGGGCUGUAUAUUGGGAAGAUUAUAGUGCAGCUUUAGGUAUAUGCUGCGCACCAAGGACUCAAAUGGUGGCAAAGCUAUUCAUGUUUGGGAAAUUGCUGGGAUUAGAACACUUGCGCUGCAAUAAAUCAUAUUGGUUCACUUUUUCAUUUAAGCCUUUUUGCCUAAGUGGUCUGUGAUCCUAGGACCCACAUUACGUAUGAGGUCACCAUGUUAAGUACCUUGUUCCCCAAAUUGCCACCUUAUAGUAUUAGCUAGGAGAAUUGCAAUUGCAGUACAAGAUCAAGUCAGGAUGAUGCCACUUUGGAACUCCUUUAGUAUUUUUAUGCAGUCAACAGCAGAAAUAUCCAGUUUUUUAAAAACAAAAGCUUGAUAUACUGAAUAUUGCUUUCUUUUUGUGUGUGUGGCACACAGUGUUUUGGCAACACAGAGGAGGUCCUUCUAAUAUUGCCAAAAACAAGUUACACCAUUCUUGCCAGUUUUACAUUGAGAGGACGUAGACAGGAGUACAAAUUAAAAUGUGUUCUUUUAUCAUUGGAUCUAGUCAAUAUUUUAAAACACAUGAAUUGUUUUCUCACCUUAUUGUGCUAGCUUUCCCUGCUUGAAAAUAUAUUUUAAGUGCUGUCUAAGUUGAAGUUUUAUCUGUAAAUAAAGUAAGUGGACAGCCAAACCUUGAGGUACUUGUUGGACUAAAGUAACUUAUCAGCCACUGGCAAAUAAACUACAAAACCCUUUAUAUAAACCUGCACUCUGUUUGUUUCUCUCUCUCUCUUCUACAGAUGAACCUGUAAAUAAAGAUAAUGUAGGACAUACCAAAAAGUCCAGUUUAAGCAGGGCAAUGGCAAGUUCUCCCUAACUUUUGUAUGCAUUGUAGAUUAGUGUCUGUAUACGUGUUAAUUGUAGUGGGGUUUUGUCUGAUAAGCCUGAGAUUUAUACUUUGAAAUAAAC